ACGACUUUCACAACAUGGCGCCCACAGACCCCGUCGACGACCUCUCCGACGCCGAAGCAAACUACCACGAGUCGUCCGACGACGACUUCAAUCCCGCCGCCGUUCCCGCCGACGAGCCCUCGAGCUCCGACGACGACGACGAUGCGCCUGCGAAGCCUGCCAAGGGACGCGCGAAGCGGAAAGCGGUUCCUGACGACGAGCUGGACUCUGGAGAUGAGGUGACCAUCGAGGCCGCACGGAGGCGGAAAGCAAAGAAGCGCAAGGGGGCAAAGGCAGACGAGGACGAGCUGCUCCUGUCCGACGAUGGUGGAGACGGCGGCUUGAUAAAGACACGCGCGCAGAGAAGAGUCGAACUAAAGGAGCGCAAACCCCUCGCGAGGACCGACGGAGCGACUGUCGAUGUCGAUGCCUUGUGGACGCAGAUGCUCGCUGCGCCGCUCAGGCCUAUACCCCCACCCACGGUCCAAGAUGCAGAUGCACUGAGCAGCGAUGCCGGCGCAGUCAAGCCGCAAGCACCCCAAGCAGCAGAAGAAGAGGAGCAGGUGACGGUGAGGAAAGCCUACACAUUCGCCGGCCAGCGCACAGAAGAGGAAAAACAGGUCCCCCGCUCCGCCCUGGAAAAGUUCCUGUCAGACGGCUGGAAGACCGCAGAUCGUGCCGUGGAGGAAGGAGUCUCCGCUGACAAAGAGGCGGAACCAAAGGAAGACGGACCCAAGAUUCGACGUCCGCUCCGCCGCCCCUCGCGCUUCGAUUCCAAUCCUACCGGCUAUGUUCGCACCUUGCCUCCCGAGCACCAGCUAUCAUGGCCCCGGAAGGCUGCAAUCGCCGCGUCUGCAAAGGAGAACAUCCCGCCUCCGGAUGCACCAAAGGCCGCGCGGCCCGAGAAGGCGCAAAAGCUCAACGUGGUGGACAAGUCGCGGCUGGACUGGACUGGUUUCGUGGACAAGGAGGGCAUUGCAGAAGAGUUGGAUACACACGGCAAGACGAAAGAGGCGUACCUGGGACGCAUGGAUUUCUUGGCUGGGGUGGAGGCACGGAGGGAGGAAGAAAGGAAGAAGAUGAAGACGGCCGCCACGGCCUCCUGAGGUCCGCUGAUACAGGAGCCCUCUGGUCUUUUAAUGAUACCCAUAUCCAAUUCGAUUAGCACACCUAAUACCUGGUCAUAUGUGAUGUGAGCAAGAAGGGUUGGCUCCAGAUGUAGUAGUACCAAAGAACAACAGCCGCGAUUACACAAGGCGCGGCAUUAUACGAAGGACCUUGAAUCGAUCUGCCCUUCGAGUCCCUCCACGAUACACUUCCCACUCGCUCGUCCAUCCCAUUCUAAGGCAAAGCAGACAUCGACCAAAGUGAAACUCCGGCCUCACAGGGGCAGCUCAAAAGCAAUGUACCUUGGAGCACGGGUUCCCAUCACAUCUUGAGCUUGAUGGUCCAUGGUGGACUGAGUCCGCUUUGGGACCCCUG